AGUAGCAACCACAGCUGAUAAGCUAAUCAGGCUUCAUUAAUCUGGAAAUUUCCUAAUUUUCAUGGGUCACUGUACUUUUUUGGCCAUAAAAUCAAUAUUUGUAAAGAUACAGUAAUGAAACAAACAUGUUUCAAACGGUCAUAAAAUGCUCCAUAUGGCUAUAUAAAUCGUUUUCCAGCUGUAUACCCCACUGAGACCAAAGGCUUUGUUUAUUCAGAGCAGCAUGACAUUUUCUAACAAGUUGCCGAUAAUCCCACUAAAGAGGCGUUGCACUCGUCAGGUACCUUCUUCAAAUCAAAAUGCGAGUUACAAGAUUCUAAUGAAUAUUAAAAUAAUUUAUGUAACAAGAAAGCUGAUUGGAUGACCUUUACGAUGGUAGGCGUGAAAUUAACGUCCGAUAUUCAAGAGCCAAGAUAUAGUCCCCUAAAGUCAACUUGAAAACUUUGACAAAAUACGCAUUUUUUCAUAUUUUCACGAAAAGUUAUGAAAAAUAUAUGUUUGCUGUUUAAUUUGGUAUAAAAAUUAUAUUUCUGAGUUUACUAUAAGUAUACCGCAUUUUGUUUUGAAAACGGCGACCUUUCAUCUACAGAGGUCAACACGCGUGCAAUCCAAUAUGGCGGAUCACGGCAGUUAUCGCCGAGUACACUAAUUACGAAAGCCGAUAAAUACUGGCAAAUUACAAGCGUACAUCAUAAAUAUUUCGAUCUGAAUCAAUCGCUGGCAGAGAUGCCUCCCCUUGGACCUUUUUGCCAGUCCUCUGGCAUCACUACAGAAUUAUUAGAGACAGGAAAGUUUCCUUUGUUGGCAAGCUUAACCAAUGGACUUGUGUUAGAACUUAAACACUAUGCAGAUUCGAAAAGUUUUACGCUACAGCAGUUUGUCGAUUUGUUGUCCCGACUCAGUCCAAUGUUUUCAGCAGCAAAAUCGGUAACAUCAGUGUAUAAUAGAGUUAAUACCCUAAAAGAACAGAAAAGAAAAUUGCAUUCUAAGAAAAAGGUGAAAGGCGUGAAAAAUGUAACUGAACUCCUGAAUAAAGAAUUUCAUGUAACAGCCAGUGUAAUAAGUACAGAACAAACUGAAUUGUCAUCAAAUUUCAAUUCGGAGGCAGAGGUAUGCAAUGAUGUCCAUCCCGCAUCAGAAAAACACAAAACAGAAAGUCUGCAGAAAACAGACAUCAGCGUGCAAACAGAUGGAAAUCCUGAUGAUGAUGCAAAAACUACAAAAAAAUGGAACAUGAAAAAGUACCUUUGUAACAAACAAACUAGACAGUUGAGGAAAAUACAAAAACAAAUCAGAGAACAUGAACAAAAAAUGCAGAAAAUAAGCAGUCGUACAGGACAUAUUCAGUAAAAAAUGUGAAUAAGCGUGAUGAAAAUUCGAGAAAGAAUAGUCUUCUUUUGCGUAAAAGUUCCAGCAAGGUCAGGGCACAACAGUUUAAAAUCAAAAAGUUGUCGGAAAAAAAAUGUGUUGACUGAACGACGAUUGAAAGAGAUUCAAGAAGAAUAUGAUGCAUUAACUGUACAGAAUGAAAAUUUAAAAGAUAUAAACAGAUCUCUUAAAGAGCUGUCUCAAAGUGAAAAGGACAAAAAAGUGCUAGCUCAGAAGUCCAACAGCUAUCUGAGAAAGGAGAUUUCUGAUCUGCGGACAAAUUUAAAGCAGUGUGUCGACAGUGAUUUUCUUUUAGAAAGUAGCUCACAUGAAAUAUGUAACAACUCCAUUAAACAAAUGAAGUUACUCUUGGAUGAGAAAGAGCAACAAAUAAAUGAAUUACAAGAAGAAGCAAUAGAAAAAAAGAAAAUUGACACUAGAAAUGCAAAUGGAUGUUUCACGGACAAUGUUCGCCUCUGUGUAAUGGAGCUCGCUGCUCUUGAAGUUGCGACAGAGAAAGUGUCGAAAGUGAUUCAGUGUGUUUCGUCCCAUUUACAUAAUUAUAGCUUGAAAAAUGACGAGCUGCCAAAUUCUACAACAGUGCAGACAAUAGUUGAUGAGGGGCACUUCAUAGCCAAAACAUAUAUCGCUGAAAAACUUGACGAGUCCAGCACAUGGGGUCUCAGUCGCGAUGGUACGACCAGGAAAAAGAAAAAGAUCCUCGACACAACGGUUACAUUAGACGAUGGGAAAGUAAUCAGCCUCGGUUUCACCCAGGUAUCACGUGAAACUGCUUCAGCCAUAACAGAUGUUACAAAGUCCCACCUGAAAGAACUUUCCAAAGCACACGAAGCAGUCAGCUCCUCACAAUCAAAUCUGGAAGAUAUAAACAUCAGUGAAGAAUUUAUAGUUAACUCUUUGGAAAAACUUGCUUUUACUAUGAGUGACAGAGCAGCCAAUGAAAAACUUGCCGAUAAAUUAUUAACUGAAUGGAGGGAAAAUAUGUUGUUAAGAUGCAGAAGUGAAACUGAAGUUAGCUCCGUCAAACAUUUUCACUGUAUGGCUCACGUCUUAUUAGGCUUUCAUCGUUAUGUGGUAGAUGAAAUCAAGUCAGUUGAAAAGGAAAAUUUUAGAAAGUGAUGGGCCUAUCGGCAGGGACA